UAGCAAGACCCUGCCUCAAAAAACAAUUCUUUUUUGAGACAUGGUCUCACUAAGUCACGAAGUUACAUAGGCUGGGGUAGAUCUUCCUGCCUUAGCCUCCCAAGAGUGCUGGGAUUAUAGGAGUGUACCACCAUGCCUGACUUAAUCUUUUAAAACAUAAAAAUAUUUUCAUUCAUGAUUGUUUUGUUUUUAGAAGUUUUGGUGCCUAUGUUUGUAUUGUAUUUACAGACACAGUAGUAAUGAGAGAUCACCAAAACAGACAGAGACUAAUUCAGGUUUCUUAGUAUGGGACCUACAAGUGUGUUCUCUCAGGUUCAGCUCCAACUCAUUUUUUUUUUUUUUUUUUGAGUACCGGGGAUCGGGACCUUGUUCUUGCAAGGCAGGUGGCGGAACCACUGAGCUAAAUCCCCAGCUCCAGCUCAUUUUUCAGAUGCCAGCAGAAAUGUCUCAACCUAAGGCAAAAUCCCAGCAUCCUCCAUCACUGACUCCCAUGGUUCUCAGGCUUUUGCUCAUAGCCCUGUAACUACUGAUUUUCCUCUCUGAAGAGUCUGGAGUGACUCUCCCCAACGCUAAGACACAUACUACAACUAGCAAUCUUGGUCCAGGUAUUAGGCUGUGAUUGAGCCUGCUGUGAUGCAUUCUAGACUGUCUCCCUUUCCCUGAGAUUCCUGAAAUGGAAAGGGGAAAUGGGAGGGAGAAGAGAUGGAUUCAUUUUCAAUAGGAUCCCAGGGAUUCCAAGAAUCAGAGUAGUCAGCCAUGAGGGACAGAGCGGGUUAGCGGAAAAAGCUUCCUGUGCCUCAGAUCCCAGAAAUAAAACUAAAAAAAAAAAAAGCCCAGGGUAGUUACCUGGAGCUUAACACAAUACAGGGACAGGGUGGUUUUGACCCGGGUCUGUGUUUGAUAAUGAAACUGCCCUCACCCCUGGCUGUCCUGGUGUCACGGUCCCUGUACUCUGAGGCACAGUGGCGGAGUGAGAGAGCAAACUGAAGGGAAGCCACAGUGAGAGAGGCAUUCUCUUUCCCUGAAGAGCUGUGGUGGCCCAGCCUAUGCACACAGCUGGCCAGGCAAGGCUGAAUCACAAAAAGAAACUACACUUCCUAUUAGGAGGUGGACUAGUUUUCCACUUUUCCACUCAGCGGAGCAGGUUAUACCAGUUGUAAUGCAAAAUGUAGGACAAAUUGAAGGGGCACAGACAGGAAAGGGGGAAGAGAAUGGAAUGAGGUUAUUCUAGAUCAUGCCCCGCAGCACAAGCAUCAGGUAGGUCAGUGUUGAAACGCAGUUACAGGCUCCAUCUCAAGCUUCCUAAGUCCAAAUCUGCAGUUUAACAACUUCCUCAGAUGUUAUAUGGACAUUCGAGUUUGAAAAGCACUAAGACGGCGAAGGGGGACUUCAAAGCCAAUGCUGCUCCUAUCUUCAAGCAGUCCUCUGCAUCUGUGACAAGACUCCGGAGACAAUAUUCAGUGAGCACGUAGCUUCGGAAGGAAAGAUGAUUCGAAUAAUCCGGCUCUUGCCACUAUGCUGGGUACUUUGGCCGCUGAGGUGCUGACCUGAAUCUGAUCCAUCCUCUUCUGACCAAAACCUCUUCUGAUCACCCACGGUGAAAGGGAUCAGAUAGCCAAAUGGAGAUCCCAGCAGUCAGUCCACUGGGAGUGAAAGACAUCUCUCAACCGCAACAAUGGGAAAAGAACUCCCAGGAGAACCUUGAUUCAACUACUCAUUAUCGGCAGCAGCCCGGAGACCCUCCUACUGAAACCUUGGAGCAGGGAGUGAGCCCUGAGCCAGCCAAUCGAAGUCUAAAGAAUCUUCAUGAGACUGAAAACCUGGUCGCUGGACUUGAAGGAGACGCUGAUAAAUCUCAUGAAUCAAUCUGUGAGAUGCCGGGGUCCCUUCAAGCUUCUGAUCUCUGGUACUGUCCCGAUGGGAGCUUUGUCAAGAAGAUCAUAAUCCGUGGCCACGGCUUGGACAAACCCAAGCUAGGCUCCCGCUGCCGGGUUCUGGCUUUUGGGUUUCCUUUUGGGUCAGAGCUGCGGGAGGGCUGGACAGAGCUAACUGUGGGAGUAGGGCCAUGGAGGGAUGAAACUUGGGGGGAGCUCAUAGAGAAAUGCCUGGAGUCCAUGUGUCAAGGUGAGGAAGCCGAGCUUCAGCUCCCUGGGCACUCUGGACCUCCUGUCAGGCUCACACUGGACUCCUUCACUCAGGGCCGGGACUCCUGGGAGCUGGAGACCAGCGAGAAGGAGGCGUUAGCCAGGGAAGAACGUGCAAGGGGCACAGAACUAUUUCGAGCUGGGAACCCUGAAGGGGCUGCCCGAUGCUAUGGACGGGCUCUUCGGCUGCUGUUGACUUUACCCCCACCUGGCCCCCCAGAACGAAUUGACCUUCAUGCCAAUCUUGCUGCCUGUCAGUUGCUGCUAGGGCAGCCCCAGCUGGCAGCUCAGAACUGUGACCGGGUGCUAGAGCGGGAACCCGGCCAUUUAAAGGCCUUAUACCGAAGAGGGGUCGCCCAGGCUGCCCUUGGGAACCUGGAAAAAGCAACUGCUGAUCUCAAGAGGGUGCUAGCGGUAGACCCCAAAAACCGCGCUGCCCAGGAGGAGCUGGGAAAGGUAGUCAUUGAGGGGAAGAAACAGGAUGCAGGGCUGGCUCAGGGUCUACGCAAGAUGUUUGAUUAAAAGUUAAACCUUAAAAGAGA